GUGGGGCAGUCAAGAAAUGCAACGGGCAGACGCGACUUUCUCUCCUCCUCGUUUCCCGUUUACAAAUUCGCACCGAUCAUCACAACCACGCUGAUCCAUCACAGAUGCCUCCAAAAUCGACAACACGAGGGCGGGGACGAGGCCGUGGCCGGGGAGGCGCAGCCCGCGGUGCGGCUGCCGCUGCGGCUUCCCAAGAUGCCGUGCAAAUAUCAGAAGCCGAUGAGUCGACGCCGUCAACGACAGCAGGCGCCGCCAAUCCCUCAGGGCCCGCACCCGUUCCGGUGAUGACAAUAUCUUCCGGAUCGACACCCGAAGUCGUCACAGCUUCAACAUCUUCUAGAGUGCCCAGCACCACCCCCGGACCGAGCUCAUCGACUCGUGCAUCUACCACCAGCAAGUUCAAACCCAAGGCUGUCCGUCGGAGUGAAACAGAGCGUGCUCGCUUGGCCGAGGAACAAUCGAGGAUACAGGAGCAAAGGAACGCCGAGGAGGCAAGGCGAUUAGCCCGCCUCAACCGUGGCCGAGGUCGGGGGCGUGGUCGCGGCCGUGGAGGGUUCCUCCGUGGGAACUUGAGGAAUUCCACUGCUGCGGGGCCGCUCUCGGCGGGUGUAAGCUUCGGUGGAGGGGGUGCCUCAGGCUACCAAGGUGCAGGCGGCUACGCCGUCGCCUCUGGCUCCAUCUCUGGCUCCGGCUCCGGCUCCAGCUUCGUCAAGGGCGAAGGCGGUAUUAAAGGGGAGGGGUCCGUAUACGACGCGUCGGGCAUCAUCGACAACAGUAGAAUCAAUGCCGACAUGCUCUACAACUACGUCGAAAUAUCCGAUGAAGAGGAUCGCGCCUCAAUUACAUCAACGAAGAAGAAGAAGAAGGCCGUUAUGCCUAUGGGUAUCCGGCGAGUGGAGCACAAGGAUGAGGGGGUCACUAUGACGACCGCUGCCGAGAUUGAGGCCCAAGAGAAGGCCGGCGCUGUCGAAGUGGACUCGGAUGAAGAAGGUCUAUUUGUUGGCGGGCCUGCACAAGUUGAAGAUCUCGAGGAGCCGGCCCAGGACGAGGCCGCCCCGGUGGUUGCGCAGACACGCAAAAUCAAGCAGGAAGAGCCGGAAGGCGGCGCAAUGGACCUGGACGUGAUCCCCGAGGGAAUCAAGGCACCCGACUCCCCCGAGCUAAAGAAGAAGGUGCUGGUGAACGAGCAGAAGCUUAAGAAGCCGACCGGACCGAAGGAUACCGAAGCCGAAAUCCUUGCACAAGACCUUCAACACAUGCUCGAUUUGUUUACCCUCCAAAGCGACGGCGCGGUGGCCGAAGAUGGGACAACGAACAACGCCGCGCUCGAAGGACACAUGUUCCUUUUCCAGUUCCCACCUGUCUUGCCACCGUUGCGAGUCGUUCCACGCGACGGCACCUCGACGAACCCGAUCCCGAUAAAGCCGGAGCCGGAUCACGAUGUUGACAUGCUGAACCAAACGCCGGUGAAUAUUGACCUCACUGGGGACAAGGAAGAUAAGGCCAAGAAAGAAGACGCUGGUGACGGCGAGGAUUCUGGUCAGGACGAAGAGGAUGGUGAUGAGCUCAAGGAAGGGGGGUUCCUUGGCAACCUGACUGUGCGCAAGUCUGGCAAGGUCGAACUCAGCUGGGGCGGGCAGCAGCUGGCAAUGAUGCCGGGCAUUCAAACUAACUUCCUGUCGACGGCUGUGCUGAUUGAGCAAGCGGAUGUCAAGCCCGGCGAUCCGAGUCAGAUGGCCGGUGUUGCGUAUGGAAUGGGCAAAAUCCAGGGGUCGUUUUCGCUCGCCCCGGUUUGGGGAGAUGAGGAGGAGUGGGUGGUGGAUCCGAAAGAUCUGGAGCUCCCUGGGCAAUAGAGAGAGGAUGGGUAACAAGGGCGGUGAUAAGGUGUGACCUGUCGGUUGCCCUUUGACUGAACAAGAAGGCCCGGUAUCGAAAUAGUUCGUGUUGGGAUAUUAUGUCCGAGGAAACGGAAAAGACAACAGGGCUACCAAAAGCGUAUAGACGGAUGGUGUAUGGAUUAGAUACCCAGAUUCAAGCACAUGGCGGAUCGGUUUGGGCAGAACCGACAGCCCCGUUACCUUCCA